AUGUCAGUGUAUUUAACCAGAAUUGUUUUCAAUACGUUUCGAGGCGUUUCAACAAAGAGUUUUUCAUCCGUCUACUUAUUAGAAUUUGCGCCGGUGAAAAAUUUGUUUCCAGCCAAUAAAAAUGAUAUACUUCACUUUGCGCGACCGUCGGCAACUAGACAUUAUACUAGUAAUUCAUUACAACCAUCUUUAGCCCGAGAUAAUGCGAGUCUACCCAUAAAAAAGAAGACAGUACAUAAAAAGGCGGUGUUAGAAGACUUAACAAGAAAAGAGGGACAUUACUUAACAUUUGCAUAUGCUACAGCAAAUUCAUAUGAUUUGAAAGCUUUGAAAGAAGCUUUAGUUCAACAGAAGCUCUACGAACCGGGAAAAUUAAAGGCUCAUGAAGUGGGAGAUGUUGUGAUUGCAAACCCAGUGUACACCAUUGGAACAGAGCCAAGAGAAAUAAUUUUCUUUAAAGAAGGUGCUGUUGUGUUUUGGAAUUGCACUGAGUUGGAAGCCAGCAAUGUUCUUGACUUUGUUAAGAGGUUUGAAGUUGAGAGUUAUCCAAAGGAUGUCAUUGAAAGGGAAAGGGAAGUGAUGACCUAUGUUUAUCAAGCAAAUGCAAAGAAGUGCCACUUACAAGAAUCAUGCUUUGUUUUGGUGCCAGAGAGAGAUAACUCAUUGGAAAAGUACAGUUUCAGUCACGCUAUGGCUCAGUCAGCCCGGCUAGGAGCUUGGGAGGCCCGUUUGGAAGCUCUAGCUGCGUCAGUGAGAGAGCACACGGCGCUUAUGGAAAGGGAGGGUGCUGACUAUGUCGAAAAGAAGGAAGUAGUAAGAAAACUGGGUGAGCUGUUCUCUCUGCGUCAUCGCCUCAAUGUUGAGUCCGAUUUGCUGGACACUCCAGAUUUCUACUGGGAGGAAGAAGAACUUGAACGUUUGUACUCCAACACCGUAGCGUACUUUACUAUACCGAGGCGAACGAGGGUUCUAAAUGAACGUCUAUCCCACUGCGUGGAGUUGUUACAGCUUCUGUCGUCUUGGGCAGCGGACAGGCACCAUGUGAGGCUGGAGUGGAUGAUCAUUGCGCUCAUCUUGGUGGAAGUCUGCUUCGAGCUGCUACAUUUCUUCGAGAGGGGUUCGAGACGCUACAUUCGACGUCGGAUAUCAACGCACGACUUGGAAGAUCCUCUGCUCCACGAUUUGUCCAUCAUUGAUACAUGA